AUGAAUCCAGGACCCAGGUGGCCUCGUCCCUGCUGUGGGAAGUCAGCACACAAAGAAAGUGUCCAGUUCGACAUUUGUGGAGCCAGGGAGCAUCUAAAAUGCUUAAUGAUGACGGUAGAGCCGGCCACAUCCGCCAAGGAGAAUCAUGAGCUCCAAUGCCACGGGUGCCGCGCACAGACGUCGACCCCCACCGGAACACCCAAGGGGUACGAGUGGCCCUGCUCGUACUACUACGAGUUCUGGCUAUAUCCGUGGGACAUGAUCCGGACUCUUGCUCGGCCCCGCAGUGUUGCCCGCUCACUCGCUUCAGCCAAUUGCAGGGGCCUCAGUGUCCUCCUCAUCCCUCCAAGCCGCAUCCGCCAGCCUUAA